CAACGUGCCUGCGCAUGUUUGAAAAAAGUAAGAGAAAAACCGCGCUUGUAUCGGGUAGGUAAAGUCGAAGACUAAAAUGCUCAAACCGUUUAGAAAGGUUCCAGUCCUGAAUACAGCCAGCUUACUGCUGGUAGAGAACGAGGAACAACUUCAAACAAGGUUAGCUGAUAUCAUCGUGCAGAAUGAGAAAGAUGUCAACAUCACAGUGCGACUGGCCCGAAAACUCCCUCUGCCAGAAGAGAACCAGGAUAGCCGUCCACGGAUUGACCUUAUAGUGUUUAUAGUAAACCUCAGGUCUGAGCGCAGUCUUCAGUCUGCUGAACAGUCCGUUAAGUAUCUGGACCCUGGAUUCUUUUUGGGGAAGGUGUGCUUUGUGGUCACUGGUGCUCGCUGCUUGUCAGGUUCCAGUAACCGCUUGUUGACUGCGAGGAAGUUAGCUGCAUCUCUGCACUGCCCUUUGCUGUUUGCAGAAGAUCAGACAAAUGAAGGAGUGAUUACAGUUGCAGUGAGACUACUUGGUAUACUUAAAGUGGCUGCUGGUUUGGUUCCCUUGACAACAGGGCUUUAUCUUAACAGUCUGAGUCAUUGCAUGAUACCCUCUGACCUUGAACAAAAUCUUGACUGACCAACCUGAUGAGAGGAACUCAAUUGAAUUUGAAUGUAUAUAUAUGCAUCUGCCGUUAAACCUGUGAAUAUCCUUGUCUUUGUGUGUAUAUGCAUGUAUGUGUCCGCUACAUGUAGGCCUACUUUUAAAUGUGUAAGCCUAUAGGUGGGUUAGGCAAUGUAUAUAAACUGUAUUUUUGUAUUUAAACUGGAUACUCUCUAAUCUACUCACUGUUUCAUUUGAAUAAAAAAACAGUUUUCACAA